AUGUUCAACGGAGAAAUCCUCCGGGUGUUGGUGAAGGAGGAAGAGGAGGACAGGCCGCUGUCGGCGCUGGCCGCGGCAGGAGGAGGACCAGCAGGAGUCCUGCUGCAGCAGGAGGAGGACCAGCAGGAGUCCUGCUGCAGCAGGAGGAGGACCAUCAGGAGUCCUGCUGCAGCAGGAGGAGGACCAUCAGGAGUCCUGCUGCAGCAGGAGGAGGACCAUCAGGAGUCCUGCCGCAGCAGGAGGAGGACCAUCAGGAGUCCUGCUGCAGCAGGAGGAGGACCAUCAGGAGUCCUGCUGCAGCAGGAGGAGGACCAUCAGGAGUCCUGCUGCAGCAGAAGGAGGACCAGCAGGAGUCCUGCUGCAGCAGGAGGAGGACCAUCAGGUGUCCUGCUGCAGCAGGAGGAGGACCAUCAGGAGUCCUGCUGCAGCAGGAGGAGGACCAUCAGGAGUCCUGCUGCAGCAGGAGGAGGACCAUCAGGAGUCCUGCUGCAGCAGGAGGAGGACCAUCAGGAGUCCUGCUGCAGCAGGAGGAGGACCAUCAGGUGUCCUGCUGCAGCAGGAGGAGGACCAUCAGGUGUCCUGCUGCAGCAGGAGGAGGACCAUCAGGAGUCCUGCUGCAGCAGGAGGAGGACCAUCAGGAGUCCUGCUGCAGCAGGAGUCCUGCUGCAGCAGGAGGAGGACCAGCAGGAGUCCUGCUGCAGCAGGAGGAGGACCAGCAGGAGAGGAUCCACCUCAGAGACCAGACUGAAGCAGGACGUCCCAAAGACUCUUCACAUCAAAGAGGAACCGUCAGAACAGAGCCUCAACCAGGAGGAAGAGGAGGAGGAGGAAGAGCAGCUCCCAGAGUUCACUGCUGUGUGUGUGAAGAGUGAAGAAGAACCAAGAGACCAUGAUGAAGACUAUGAUGAAGACUGGGGACAUCCAGGCAGCAGUUCUACUGCACAGAUGCAGACAGAGGCUGAGGGAGACCUCUACAACCAAGUCCACACACAGGGACUGUCAGGGACCGGACCCAGAGACCUGCUGUCAGGGACCGGACUGUCAGGGACCGGACUGUCAGGGACCGGACUGUCAGGGACCGGACUGUCAGGGACCGGACUGUCAGGGACCGGACCCAGAGACCUGCUGUCAGGGACCGGACCCAGAGACCUGCUGUCAGGGACCGGACCCAGAGACCUGCUGUCAGGGACCGGACCCAGAGACCUGCUGUCAGGGACCGGACUGUCAGGGACCGGACUGUCAGGGACCGGACUGUCAGGGACCGGACUGUCAGGGACCGGACUGGCAGGGACCGGACCCAGAGACCUGCUGUCAGGGACCGGACUGUCAGGGACCGGACCCAGAGACCUACUGUCAGGGACCGGACUGUCAGGGACCGGACUGGCAGGGACCGGACCCAGAGACCUGCUGGGACAGGCUGAAAAGGGGAAAAGUGCCUUUAGAGAAAGCUUUGCAAGGCUUGGGGAACUACGCUCCAUAGUUCAACCUGGUACUCCUGUAUUGGCACUGACAGCUACAGCUGAUCUUGCUGCCAGGGCUAGGGUGGUGGAGAAUGAGAAGAUCCUGUGGGACUUCCAGAUACAGACCGACCGAAUGGUAAUGAACCAACCUGACAUCGUGGUGGUGGACAAAGGGCAGAGGACAGCCGUGGUGGUGGACAAAGGGCAGAGGACAGCCGUGGUGGUGGACAAAGGGCAGAGGACAGCCGUGGUGGUGGACAAAGGGCAGAGGACAGCCGUGGUGGUGAACAAAGGGCAGAGGACAGCCGUGGUGGUGGACAAAGGGCAGAGGACAGCCGUGGUGGUGGACAAAGGGCAGAGGACAGCCGUGGUGGUGGACAAAGGGCAGAGGACAGCCGUGGUGGUGGACAAAGGGCAGAGGACAGCCGUGGUGGUGGACAAAGGGCAGAGGACAGCCGUGGUGGUGGACAAAGGGCAGAGGACAGCCGUGGUGGUGGACAAAGGGCAGAGGACAGCCGUGGUGGUGGACAAAGGGCAGAGGACAGCCGUGGUGGUGGACAAAGGGCAGAGGACAGCCGUGGUGAUGGACAAAGGGCAGAGGACAGCCGUGGUGGUGGACAAAGGGCAGAGGACAGCCGUGGUGGUGGACAAAGGGCAGAGGACAGCCGUGGUGGUGGACAAAGGGCAGAGGACAGCCGUGGUGGUGGACAAAGGGCAGAGGACAGCCGUGGUGGUGGACAAAGGGCAGAGGACAGCCGUGGUGGUGGACAAAGGGCAGAGGACAGCCGUGGUGGUGGACAAAGGACAGAGGACAGCCGUGGUGGUGGACGUGGCAAUUCCAAGCGAUGGGACCCCGGUGAACCGCAUCCCCAUCAUGGCGAAGCAGGUCCUGGACCUGUACAGUCUGUAUGAGUUGGUGACAGACAAAGGAGGUUUAGUGGAGGUCAUCAACAAGAAGCUGUGGAGAGAGAUCACCAAAGGCCUGAACCUGCCCACCUCCAUCACCAGCGCCGCCUUCACCCUGAGGACGCAGUACAUGAAGUACCUGUACCCAUAUGAAUGUGAGAAGCGUGGGCUGAGUAACCCUAACGAGCUGCAGGCCGCCAUCGACAGUAACCGCAGAGAAGGUCGUCGGCAGAGCUUCGGCACCAGCCUCUUCACCUACUCUCCCAACGGGACCCCCACCAUGCUGUCCUCCUCCAAGACCUCUGGCCUCCCCCUGGGCCUCUCUGUGGGCACGGCCUCCAACGGGACCUUCAGCCCCAUCCACAAGAUCAAGAACGAGGACGGGGUCCAGCCUGUACCUGUGAGCCUUGGUCGUUACCCUGGGGGGGUACAGGCGGCUCUAGCUCAGGUGGCAGCUCUGGAGCAGCUCAGGGACAAACUGGAGACAGGAGAACCUCCAGAGAAGAAGAAGGCCCUCCCCCCACAGGACCAUCACAGACUGCUGCAGAGAGCUCUACAGCACAACCUGCUGGCUAUGAGCCACAUGCCCAUCCGCAUCAACCAGCACACAGGAGGAGGGGGUCAGAGUGUGAGGAGGAGGAGGAGGGGGUCAGAGUGUGUGGAGGAGGAGGAGGGGGUCAGAGUGUGUGGAGGAGGAGGAGGAGGUCAGAGUGUGUGGAGGAGGAGGAGGAGGUCAGAGUGUGAGGAGGAGGAGGAGGAGGAGAGUGUGAGGAGGAGGAGGAGGAGGAGGUCAGAGUGUGAGGAGGAGGAGGAGGGUCAGAGUGUGAGGAGGAGGAGGAGGAGGUCAGAGUGUGAGGGAGGAGGAGGAGGAGGUCAGAGUGUGAGGAGGAGGAGGAGGACAGAGUGUGAGGAGGAGGAGGAGGUCAGAGUGUGUGAGGAGGAGGAGGAGAGUGUGUGGAGGAGGAGGAGGAGGUCAGAGUGUGUGGAGGAGGAGGAGGAGGUCAGAGUGUGUGGAGGAGGAGGAGGAGGUCAGAGUGUGUGGAGGAGGAGGUCAGAGUGUGUGGAGGAGGAGGAGGUCAGAGUGUGUGGAGGAGGAGGAGGUCAGAGUGUGAGGAGGAGGAGGAGGAGGUCAGAGUGUGAGGAGGAGGAGGAGGAGAGUGUGAGGAGGAGGAGGAGGUCAGAGUGUGAGGAGGAGGAGGUAGAGAGGAGGAGGAGGGUCAGAGUGUGUGGAGGAGGAGGAGGAGGUCAGAGUGUGUGGAGGAGGAGGUCAGAGUGUGUGGAGGAGGAGGUCAGAGUGUGUGGAGGAGGAGGAGAGGUCAGAGUGUGUGGAGGAGGAGGUCAGAGUGUAUGGAGGAGGAGGAGGUCAGAGUGUAUGGAGGAGGAGGAGGUCAGAGUGUGUGGAGGAGGAGGGGGUCAGAGUGUGUGGAGGAGGAGGAGGUCAGGGUGUGAGGAGGAGGGAGGACAGAGUUGUGAGGGAGGAGAGAGGAGGAGGUCAGAGUGUGGAGGAGGAGGUCAGAGUGUGUGGAGGAGGAGGUCAGAGUGUGGGAGGAGGGGUCAGAGUGUGAGGAGGAGGAGAGGAGGAGAGGUCAGAGUGUGGAGGAGGAGGAGGUCAGAGUGUGAGGAGGAGGAGGAGGAGGGAGGUCAGAGUGUGAGGAGGAGGAGGUCAGAGUGUGAGGAGGAGGAGGAGAGUGUGAGGAGGAGGAGGAGGUCAGAGUGUGAGGAGGAGGAGGAGGUCAGAGUGUGGAGGAGGAGGAGGAGGAGGUCAGAGUGUGGAGGAGGAGGAGGAGGAGGUCAGAGUGUGAGGAGGAGGAGGAGGAGGUCAGAGUGUGAGGAGGAGGAGGAGGAGGAGGAGGAGGAGGUCAGAGUGUGUGGAGGAGGAGGAGGUCAGAGUGUGUGGAGGAGGAGGAGGUCAGAGUGUGUGGAGGAGGAGGAGGUCAGAGUGUGGAGGAGGAUGAGGGGGUCAGAGUGUGUGGAGGAGGAGGAGGAGGUCAGAGUGUGUGGAGGAGGAGGAGGAGGUCAGAGUGUGAGGAGGAGGAGGAGGUCAGAGUGUGUGGAGGAGGAGGAGAGUGUGUGGAGGAGGAGGAGGAGGUCAGAGUGUGUGGAGGAGGAGGAGGAGGUCAGAGUGUGUGGAGGAGGAGGAGGAGGUCAGAGUGUGAGGAGGAGGAGGAGGAGGUCAGAGUGUGUGGAGGAGGAGGAGGAGGUCAGAGUGUGA